CCCAGUGGAAAUUCCUAUUGCGGAACCCGGAGUCCGUAUUUACACAAGGGAGAGCACUCACUUGGUAAACCUCAAGCUGACGGUGAAACAUGCCGAAGCCCCUCGUUCUCGCCCUAGGCCUGUUGCCAUGGAUCCCAGCCUUCCUCUGCAGGGUGACCACCGUGGGAGAGCACGUAAUCCUGGAGGGUGAAUCCCUCACAGUCCCGUGCCGCUACGAGCCCCAGUAUGCCAGCUAUGUGAAAUACUGGUGCCGGGGCAGCAUGAGGGAGUUCUGCACCAGCAUGGCUCGGACGGAUGACACCCGUGUGGCCAACCCAGCUGAGGACAAAGUGAGCAUCUAUGACGACCAGGUCCAGCUGAUGUUCACGGUGACCAUGAACAACCUGAAGGAGGCGGACUCUGGGUGGUACAUGUGUGGCGUGGAGAUAGGUGGCGUGUGGACCGCUGAUGUUGUCACUUUCACUUACGUCAAGGUCAUUCACGGUUUGUCGGUGGUGAGCAGCCAACUGAGUGGGGAGGAAGGGGGUAGUGUCACAGUUGAAUGCGUCUACAGUGAGAGAUACAGGCAAAGUGAGAAGAAGUGGUGUCGGAGUGGAGACUGGAGCUCGUGUCUGCCGACAGGUUCUGAAGGGAUCUACGAAGACACUUCAGUGGCCAUCAGCGAUGACAGAACUAGGACUUUCACUGUAACCUUAAAGAAGCUGCAGCUGAGAGAUACCGGCUGGUACUGGUGCUCUGCAGGACAGCAGCAGAUAGCCGUGCACGUGCUGGUCACACCCCGACCCACGACGACGGCUGUGUCCGCGACAUCUCAGUCUGUCGCACCGUCGCCGCCCCCACCCAACUCCAUCGCCAAGCAGUCCUGGAGCAGUCACAGUCACAUCCUGGAGUCUCUGCUGCUGUGUGCUUCUUUAAUGCUCCUCGUGGGCAUGGCCGUAUUGGCGAGAAAGCUGUGGAGACUGCACCAUCCCCAGUAUCCAUUUCUGGAGCAGGAUCCUGUGUUGAGACCAGUUAGGGAGGAGAAAGCAAGGAUCAGUAAGUACUCAGACCUGCAGCACGCUGACGUUGUUUUCCCAAACAGGGAUUACCAGGAUGCACAUAUGUACUGAUCUUACGUAUCACCACAUCUAAAUUCAUGUAUGCUGCGUCCUGCCUGCUGCUUCCUGUAUGCUAUAGGCUGUAGAUUACCUCUCCUGUAACAUGAAUUUGCCAAAAUAUAAUCAUGUGGUCUUGAAUUUGGUCUGAAGCAGCGCUGUAACGGCCACUCAGGACUCCGGGGUCAUGUCUUCUGUAUUGUCUGUACGAAUUUGGGGAUUCAGUUUUACACAACGCAUUUACAACUUACACAUGCUAUUAUUCAGACUGAGUAUAUUUAAAUGUGAUUAUUUUUAUUUCCAAAUCAAGACACAUUUGAUUGUAUUGUUAUUUCUCCACUAGAUUUUUAUUAAUGUGGUCAAAUUAAAUAGCAAUCCUUCAUUUGA